GUGGUGGAACAGAUGGCGGCGACUGAAGACGGAUACUGGCCGGUGGUGUGGAGGAGGAGAUAACGAGAGGGUCCCUGAAAAGAGCAUAAUGGGGAAGUUUAAGCUCGAAAAUUAACAAUUUAGCGUUCUAAGAACGCGAGGAGCUAUUCACUCAUUUAUUUAUUAAUAGGUGGCAUAGUGAAGAAGCGGCGUUCACUGGACAGCUAAAAGGCCUGGACGGCUGUGGGACUGAGAACUGUAAUUACCGUGCUGUGCUGUGGAAUAUUUACAUUUAUUUUACUUCAUGUUAUAAAUGACUUUUUUACACAUUAACUUUUUUUUUACGCUUACGCGCAUACUCUGGAUCUAAACAAAGCGAGUUAGCUUAAAGGCUAAUUGUCCGCUUAUUUACUAAGAACAUAGCAACGUUAGCUAGCAAUGUUCUUGUGCUACGUAGAAAUGAAUGGCCGAAUCAGCUACAAUGUAUGGAUAAAUGUGUAGAGAUUAGAAAGUUCUUUGAUUUGAAAAUCGGAUGAGUCUAUGAGCUGAUCAGUGAGUUACAUUAGCUAGAUCUUAUUUCCAUUUGUUCAAUACAGAACAAAACCACAUACCUCCAUGUUGGCCGGCUAGUGCGUACCGAAGUUGUCCGGAUUAAGUAAACUUAAGUGGGUCGAGUCCGAAUUUCCUCUGAUGUGUGGAUUGAGUUCAGUGUGGGUUUCAGAGGAACAGGUUUUAAACCUCAGCACUAAGUACAGUGCAACAUGGGAAAUACAGUGUCCUGCUGCGUGUCUCCCAGCGGCAGCCCCAAAAUCCCACGGCCCAUCGAGCGCAUUGAGGAAUACCAGAUAAACGCAGAUUUGUCUGAAGACACCGGGCCGUACCUACAGCACAUCAGCGACCGGGAGUUACCGGAGGAUUUAGCUUUAGAGUCCAACCCUUCAGAUCAUGCCCGUGCUAGCACCAUCUUCCUCAGCAAGUCACAGACAGAUGUCCGGGACAAGAGGAAAAGCAAUCAUAUAAAUCAUGUAUCUCCUGGUCUACUCUCCAAAAAAUACAGCUCCUGCUCUACCAUAUUUAUAGAUGAUAGUACAGUUAGUCAGCCUAACCUUAAAAGCACAAUUAAAUGCGUUACAUUAGCAAUAUAUUAUCAUAUUAAAAACAGAGACUCGGACAGAUCGCUGGACAUUUUUGACGAGAAGAAGCAUCCACUUUCUAGGGAGCAAGUUCCAGAUGAUUACUACAGAACAGACCCUGAACACAAACUCAUCUACAGAUUCAUCAGGACACUGUUCAGCGCUGCUCAGCUCACUGCUGAGUGUGCCAUUGUCACACUGGUGUAUUUGGAGCGGCUUCUGACGUAUGCAGAGCUUGACAUCUGUCCAUCCAACUGGAAGAGAAUUGUACUGGGAGCCAUCUUACUAGCCUCCAAAGUGUGGGAUGACCAGGCGGUGUGGAAUGUGGACUACUGCCAGAUCCUUAAAGACAUCACUGUAGAGGAUAUGAAUGAGAUGGAGAGGCAUUUCCUGGAGCUGCUACAGUUUAAUAUCAAUGUUCCGGCCAGUGUAUAUGCCAAGUAUUAUUUUGACCUGCGUUCGCUGGCUGACGACAACAACCUGAGCUUCCCUCUGGAACCUCUGAGCAACGAGCGUGCUCAAAAACUUGAGGCUAUUUCCAGACUGUGUGAGAAUAAAUACAAAGAUCUGAGCAGAGCUGCCAUGAGGAGAUCCUUCAGCGCAGACAACCUGGUGGGCAUCCGCAGAUCCAACGCUGUGCUCUCCUAGACAUCUGAUCUCAGACUUGCAUUGCUUCCCACCUUUCGGUAGAGACUUUUUCACUGGCCCUGAUUCUUGUAACAACCAAUGACCUACAACAAAAAGUGACUCGAGUGUCUUUUUUUCUUUCUGUUUAUAUUUUGCUUACUAUGUAGGCUACUAGCUGUGAACUUGCCAGUUUCAAAUUGAAAUCAAUUGCAGUUGGAUUAUUUUAAAUAAACACUACAUGAAAAAAGGUUUCUCUGUUUGACAGAUCUGCUACUGAGCGGAGUUUUGGGACUGCAUGAAAGAUGACAUGUUUUAUAAUAUACGGUAUAAUGAUUAUGAUAAAUGGAUGGAUGAUACAGGAUGGUUUGUGCAUAGAAAAUGUUAUAAUUAAUUAUAGGCAUGCAGUGCCAGAAAAACAGCAGGCUGCAUUGUUUUUGCUUGAUUGUUUUUUUAAAACACUACGGGUUCUACAAAACCAAACAUUCAUCAUUAGACUUAAUUGUAGCAAGCAUGUGAAGCCAGAUUUCACAUUUCACUGACUAAUAAAAUAGGUGCACACAAGCUCUUCAUUCCAGAUUGAUCAAUAAAUAUGACUUGUAUACUUUUAACUGUCCUGUGCUGUGCCACCCAUUUGCAACUGUCUGGAGUUAUUUCAUUUUCAUUUCAUGCCAUGCCAGUGUGGCUUUUAACCUUCAAAGACCUGCCAGUAGCUGAAUUGGCUACUCUAGGUGGGCAUGGGAAAAUGGUUAAGUUGUGCUCCAAGAUAGACAGGUGCAUGGUCCAGGAUGUAUCUAAAAUUAAAUAAAAUACCUACUGCUUGUUCUUAAUA